AUGACGCUUGGUUUUGGUUUGGGUGCAUGUGCUAUAGCAUCUGUAGCAUUUGGGUCCAUGUUUGUUCCAUUAAAAAAAUAUGAUGCUGGUGAUGGCAUUUUUUCCCAAUUAAUUAUGGCUGUGGCAAUAUUAAUAUCUUCUUUUGUCAUCAAUUCCUUUCAGAAUUUUCCUCCUUUUGAACCAUAUGCUUUGAUAAGUGGUGUAUUGUGGGUGUGUGGUAAUUCUAUGGCUGUUCCUAUAAUUAAUAAACUUGGCCUGUCUGUUGGUAUUCUUUUAUGGAAUUCUGUUAAUUGUUGUUUAGGAGCAUUUUCUUCAGUAUUUGGUUGGUUUGGUACAGAAUCUAAACCACCAUCUUUAUUUAUUCCAUAUUUUAUUGGAGUUUUAUUUGUAGUUAUUGGUGGUUUUAUUUUUUCUUUAAUAAAAAAAGAAAAUGUUUUUGAAGAAAGGGAGAGUAAUGAUUUGAUGGAGAAUGGUGAUCAAUUAUGUAAUGAAACAUUUUUGAUGAAUAAUGAUACAAGAAAUAACUAUCAAAGUAUUCCUACAGAAAAAACAAACAUGUCUACAACUAAAAUUAUUGAAAAGUCAUUAAUUUAUGAUAGAAUACUUGGUGUAGUGAUGGCUGUUCUUUCUGGUUCAAUGUAUGCUUUAGUUUUCGUACCAAUAACUAUCCUUCAACAAUCUGAAACACAAAAUCCUAAAAAACAUAUAUUAGAUUAUUUUUUUUCUUUUACAUUUGGCAUUUUUAUAACAGCAACAGUUGUUUUUAUCAUUUAUGGAAUAGUAAAAAAAAAUAAACCAUAUGUCAAUUCAUCAGUUGCUUUACCAGCAUUAAUAGCUGGAGUUUUAUGGACAAUAGGACAGUCAUCUUUUUUUGUUGCAAAUGAAAAUCUUUCACAAUCCAUAUCAUUUCCUAUUAUAACAACAUUACCAGGUGUCAUAUCAUCUUUAUGGAGUAUCUUUUUUUUUCAUGAAAUCUCUUCAAAAAAAAAUAUUAUUAAACUUAUUAUAGCUUGUUCCAUAACAUUUAUUGGUGUUAUUAUUGUUUCACUUUCUAGAUAA